CGGCGGCCCCGGCCGGUGCUGAGGCGGUUGCCAUGGCGACGCCGGAAAGCAGCCGAGCGCCCUCCCGCCAAGGGCAUCCUCCGCCUCCUCCUUCGCCGCCGCCGCCGCCGCCGGGGCUGUGGAAAAUGGCAGAGAAUUCGAGUGACAGAGAUUCUUCCUCUUGCCGCUGGAGGGUCAUCAACCACGAGGAACCGAAAAUGACUUCUGAGGAGGAAACCCCACCAAGAUCCACGGCAAAGGAAUUCUCUUUCCAGUGGCUUCCGUGUGCAAGACCCGGGAAUCCAGUGUUCUCUUGCAUGCUAGAUGCAAAGACUCUCACCACUAGCAAUUUCUUAACUAAGCCUCAGCUUUUGCUGUACAAAACAACAUCAAGUGAAUAUGGCAACAUCCCACCUACCUCACAAAUGGUACCCUGUAAGUUCUACCCAAGGAACAACUCCUUUACCAAUCAUCUGUUUGCUUGUGGGCUGACAGAAUUUAACUCCAUUAACACUGGUGUGGACAGAAGCAAAGUUUAUGAUCACCCAGAUAUUAUGAAUCUUCUAUAAAAUGUACAGCUAUUAUCUUGGCUGUCUAUUAAACUAUAUUUGAAGUCUCAAUUUGGUUUUUUCCUGUUUAAUACUG